AUGAGUGAUGAGAUGUUAGCAGAUUCUGUGGUUAAGAAGAUUCAUGGAAUUUUUAAAGAUUAUAUUGAUCAUGGAGAUGCCAUCUUUGUGUGUUCUAAAUGUGAUGCAAUGUUAUGGGAAGAUGAAAUACUUAGGGGAAAUAAAAAAUGUAAGAAAACAUCCUAUUCUCUUUGUUGUUCAAAUGGAGAUGUUGAGCUACCACCGCCGCCUACACCUCCUCCAUUACUACGUCAUUUAUAUAAAAGUCAUACAUCACAGUCUCGCAAUUUCAUGGAUAAUAUUCGAGCAUAUAACAUGAUGUUUUCCUUCACAUCUCUUGGUGGGAAGGUUGACAAAAGUUAUCAGAGAGGUAAAGUUCCUUAUGUAUUUAGACUACAAGGUCAGAAUUAUCAUCGAAUGGGUAGUCUACUUCCGGACGAUGGGGAAGAACCCAAAUUCUCACAGCUUUACAUAUAUGAUUCACAAAACGAAGUGGUAAAUCGUCAAAAAGCAGUAAGUUCUCAGAUAGAAUGCAAAAUUACAAGAAACAACCAGCUUGAUAGUACAACCAUCAAGGGUCUUAAAGAUAUGUUGGAUUCUUGCAAUCCUCUUGUCCAGCCCUUCAGAAUGGUAAGAGAUUGUUUUCAAGAAAAUGAGUUUCAAGAUGUAAGCUUGAAGCUUAUUGGAACAAGAGAUAAGGAUGGAAGAGUUCACAAUUUGCCAACAACAUCAGAAAUUGCUGCAUUAAUAACUGGUGAUUUUGAUGGAGCAUUUGAUAAACGGGAUAUUGUUGUUAGAAAGAAGUCUGGUGGUCUUCAAAGAAUUAGUGAUCUUCAUCCCUCUUACCUUGCUUUGCAAUAUCCACUGAUUUUCCCAUAUGCAGAAGAUGGUUAUAGAGUUGGUAUUAAACAUAGAGGGAUUCCGAUUAAUAAUGGGGUACUUAGAACCAAUCUUACAAUUAGAGAAUUCUUUUGUUACAAAAUUCAAGAUAGACAGAAUCAAUUUUCAUUGUUACUUAAUGCGAAAAAACUAUUUCAGCAGUUUUUGGUUGAUGGAUACACGAUGAUAGAAUCUGCCAGGUUGAAUUAUAUAAGGUCACAACAACCUAAACUUAGAACACAAAGUCUUGAGAACUUUAAUGCUACUGUUGAAAGUGGAGAGAAUAAUGCCUCAAGUUGUGGUAAACCUAUACUUUUACCUUCAUCAUUUACAAGUGGUUCUAGAUAUAUGAUGCAAAAGUACUUGGAUGCUAUGGCAAUUUGCAAGUCUGUUGGAUAUCCCAAUUUAUUCAUAACGGUGACUUGUAAUCCAAACUGGCCUGAGAUUUACAGGUGUUUGCACGAUAAAGCUCUUAAUGCUGAAGACAGGCCGGAUCUUAUCUCGAGAUUAUUCAAAUGUAUAUUGGAUCAUCUUAUAAAAGAUUUCAAGAAAGAUAAAUUCUUUGGUGAUAUACAAGCAGUUAUGUAUACAGUGGAAUUUCAGAAGCGUGGACUCCCACAUGCUCACAUAUGUUUUUUCUUGGGUGCUGAAAGCAAAUUUCCAACUACAUCUGAUAUUGAUCGUGUUAUUAGUGCUGAGAUACCAGAUAAAGAAAGAGAUCCUGAAUUAUAUGAGCUUGUCAAGCAAUUUAUGAGUCAUGGACCAUGUGGUUCUAUCAAAUAUUUGUUUAAAAAUAUUAAUAAGGGGUCUGAUAGAGUCACGGCUUCUGUUUUUCAAGCCAAUAGCCCCAACAAUGAUACGGAAAAGAAUGUAGCUGUAGAUGAGAUAAAAGCAUACCUUGAUUGUAGAUAUAUCUCUGCUUGUGAAGCUGCUUGGAGAAUAUUCAUGUAUAAUUUACAUUAUAGAUCUCCAGCUGUUGAAGUAUUACCUUUUCAUUGUGAAGAUGGUCAGAGUAUUGUGUAUAACGAUCAUGAUAAUUUGUGUGAUAUUGUUACAGAUCCAACUGUGAAAAUGACAAUGUUCACAGAGUGGAUGAAUUGUAAUAAAGUCGAUGAAUUUGCCAGGACAUUGAGGUAUGUUCAGUUUCCGGGAUAUUAUGUAUGGAAUGCUAAAAAUCGCAAAUGGAAUCGAAGAAAGCAUCCGUAUAGAUCAAUUGGGAGGAUACAUUAUGUCCCAACAUCACUUGGUGAUUGUUAUUACCUAAGGAUUUUACUGAAUCAUAUUAAGGGACCAACCUGUUUUGAAGAUAUAAAAACAGUUGAUGGACAAGUUUUUGGAACAUUUAAAGAUGCAUGUUUUGCACGGGGACUGUUGGAUGAUGAUAAGGAAUAUGUUAUUGCUGUCAAAGAAGCUAGCACAUGGUCAACCGGAGAUUUCUUGAGGACUUUUUUUGUAAUGUUGUUGCUGUCAAAUUCGAUAUCUCGUCCUGGUGUUUUUUGGUCAGAAACGAAGUCCCUGUUAUGUGAAGACAUUCUGUAUCAGCAACGAAAGAUAACUGGUAUUGCAGAUUUGGAUCUUCAACAAGAAGAACUUGAAAAUAUCUGUCUAUCUGAAAUUGAAAAGUUGCUACUUACCAAUGGAAGUACAGUGAGAAAUUUUGAUGAUAUGCCAAGUGUUCCGGACAAGUAUGACAGACUAGCACUUCAAAGGGAACAUGAUGGUUAUCUAAAGUGUUUAACUGCCGAACAGGAAAGGAUAUAUAUAAUUGUUAUGGAAGCGAAUGAAAAAGGUGAUGAAGGUGUGUUUUUUGUAUAUGGUUAUGGUGGAACUGGAAAGACGUUUCUUUGGAAGACAUUCUCAGCUGCAUUAAGAUCAAAAGGUGAAGUUGUAUUGAAUGUUGCAUCUAGUGGAAUUGCUUCACUUUUGCUGGAUGGUGGUAGAACUGCUCAGUCAAUGUUUGUAAUUCCAAUCAACAUUAAUGAGAAUUCAAUAUGUUCGAUAGAGCCUAAUACUGGGUUAGGUGAUUUAAUUAAAAGAGCAACUUUGAUUAUUUGGGAUGAAGCACCUAUGACUCACAAGCAUUGUUUCGAGGCUCUUGAUAGAACAAUGAGAGACAUAUCACGUUCCAGUCAACCGAACAUGGAAUCCAAGCCGUUUGGGGGAAAGGUCAUUCUAUUUGGUGGUGAUUUUAGACAAAUUCUUCCAGGUCAUCCCUAA